AUGCAAAUAUAUACAUAUGCACAUUUGCAAGGUGUAUUGGGUUCUUGUGAUGUUGAAGGUAUGGCCACAUUACUUAACAUUUUGAAUAAGAACAGUCCUUUUAUAAUUGGUGCAAAAACUGCAGCGACUAACGCUACGCUGAUUGGUAAUUUUUGCAACAUUAGAAACAGGAGUGGCCCUAGGUUCAAGAGUACUGGAAAGAUAAUCAUGACGGCUGCAACAAUUCACCUAGCUAAAAAGGAAAAUGGCAAAGAUUUACAAGAUUUUCAAAAAGUUUACAAUGCGAUCGCGAAAAAACUAAGGGAUGAUAAAGAGUAUGAUGAUCAUACAGGCUAUGGACCGGUGCUUGUCCGUCUUUCGUGGCAUUCUUCAGGAACUUACGAUAAAAGGGACAAUUCUGGCGGAUCUUAUGGGGGCACCUUUAGGUUCAAAAAAGAGGCAAACGACCCUCUAAGCAAAGGUCUGAAGAACGCUACAGAUUUCUUAAAGCCUAUUUUUGAUGAGUUUCCCUGGAUCUCUCAUGGUGAUUUGUAUACAUUAGGCGGAGUUACUUCGAUUCAAGAAAUGCAGGGCCCAAAGAUUCCAUGGAGGCCGGGCCGGGUUGAUACAGAUGAGAGUACAACUCCAGACAAUGGAAGAUUGCCAGAACCAUACGGGGAUGCUCAUUGGGUCAGAAACUAUUAUGAUCGUUUUGGAUUCAACGACCAAGAAGUUGUAGCAUUGUUAGGUGCUCACAUUUUAGGCAGGACUCAUUUGAAGAAUUCUGGUUUUGACGGUCCUUGGGACGAUGAUCCAGAUAUUUUCAGCAAUCAGUUCUAUGCCAAUCUCUUGAACGAGGAUUGGAAGUUCGAGAAAAAUGAUGCCGGUAACAUGCAAUACGACUCAAAAAAGGGUUUCAUGAUGCUGCCAACUGAUUAUGCUUUGAGGCAGGAUCCCAAGUAUCUGACGUAUGUUAAAAAAUACGCCAAUGACCAGGAUGCUUUUUUUGAGGAUUUCAAGAACGUUUACGUGAAGCUAUUGGAAAAUGGUAUCACAUUUGAGAAAAGUUCACCAACGUACGUCUUCAAGACACUAAAAGAACAGAAAGAAUUCAAGAAGUCUUAG